AUGACUACCUUCAAGGGCUCCACGGCGGAAACGGAACACGUGCACUUCCGCAUCAUCGUCCCCGAGUACGUCAACACGCACACGCACACCAAGACCGUGUACGUGGUGCCCAAGGGCGAGAUCGCCACCAACGAGGUCGGCGGCAGCGGCGGCGGCGCCUCGGGUCCAAGUGGCAGCGGCGCCUUCAUUGGCGACCCCCGGGGCGCCCCCGACGCCGCCAUCACCGUCAGCGGCGUCAGCGGCCCCGGAGACGGCCCUGCAGCCGCAGCCGCGCCGCCGCCCGUGUCGCCCAUCGUUCCGGGAUCGCUGCUGUCACCGGAGCAGGUAGCUGCGGGGCACCAGAGCGUCCUGGACGGGCUGCUGCAGUACCACAAGCACCACAAGCGGCACGGGAAGGCAUGCAAGGGGCACGGCUGCCACCACGGACAUGGACACGGACACGACAAGGGCCACAAGGGCCACGGCCACGGACACGGCUGCCAUGGCGGCGGCAAAGGACACGGCCAUGGGAAGGGUCACGGGGGAGGCCACGGACAUGGGCACGGCGGCCACGGACAUGGCGGCGGAGGCCAUGGGCAUGGACACGGACAUGGAGGAGGAGGAGGAGGCCAUGGGCAUGGACACGGACAUGGAGGAGGAGGAGGAGGAGGCCAUGGACACGGACAUGGACACGGACAUGGACACGGACACGGACAUGGAGGAGGUCAUGGCCAUGGGGGUGGAGGCCACGGACACGGUCAUGGGGGCCAUGGGGGAGGUCACGGAGGACAUGGCCAUGGGCAUGGAGGAGGUCAUGGCGGUGGAGGUCACGGCCAUGGGGGACAUGGUGGGGGUCACGGUCAUGGUCAUGGCCAUGGCGGAGGAGGACACGGUCAUGGUCACGGGGGAGGACAUGGAGGUCAUGGAGGAGGCCAUGGUGGUCAUGGAGGAGGCCACGGUCAUGGUCAUGGCGGAGGUCAUGGAGGACACGGGCAUGGACAUGGGCAUGGCGGCGGCUGCCAUGGGGGUCAUGGAGGAGGUCACGGGGGUGGUCACGGCGGUGGUCAUGGGGGAGGUCACGGGGGACAUGGUCAUGGACACGGGCACGGUCAUGGGGGCAAACAGAUUAUCACGGGUGAAGAGAAGUCCACGCUCAUCUGCUCGGGCAACGGUUCGAGCAACGAGCUCCUGUGCGUGCAGUCCAAAAACCUCGAGACGGGCGACAACCGGGAGUCCGAGCACUUUUAUGGGGACACUUGGACCGGCAGCAAGCACGAGUCCUACACCGCCAAGGACGAGAAGCUCAAGACCAAGGAGUCACUGAAGCACGCCGCCAAGGAGGUGGCCGUGGACGGCUACUCCGAGGAGCACAAGAAGGACAAGGCGGCGCUGGUGGUGUCGGGGUCCUCGGGGCCGUCGGCGGCCUCGGGCGGCCAGAGCGGCGGCGAGGAGGACAAGGCCCAGCUCGCGGACGAGGGCCCCACGGUGUCCGCCGAGGCGAGCAACCCCGGCGCCAGCGUAGAGGACCACCCCGUCGGAGUCGGACACGUGGACUACAACCACGCUCACCACAACGCGCAGCAACAGCUGCCCACGUACCAGCCGGACGGUGAACAGUGGAUCCCCAUCCGGCCGUCCAGCGCCCUGGCCGAGCUCGGCCACGGCCAAGCGGGCCAAGGGGACGGACAUGACAACUCCGUGUCCGGGCCGGGCUCCAAGCCGGGCUCCAAGCCCAGCACCGUCGACGUGCAGCUCGGCGAGCUGACGUGGAGCUCCGUGCGGGGGUCCGCGUCAGGCCGAGGCCGCGGGGGCCGACUGCGCGGCCGCGGUUCUCACCUGGACGGCACCGAGGACGCGCUGCACCAGCCCGUCAGCGGCCCGUCCGCCGUGGGGCCGUCGGGCUACGAGGUGGUGGAGCGGCCCGCCGACAUCUCCGCCGAGGUGCACCUGACCACCGAGGCCGUCGCGCUGUACUACAAGUCAAGCGGGUCGGAGCGCGACGAGGACGGCGCCGAGGAGGUGCCCAGGAAGCGAGGCCGCACCCGCUUCGGGGACCGCCGACGGCGCAAGCGUCCCCGCAGCCGCAACGACGCCCGCACCGACGCUGAGGCCGAGGGUCGCCGCCACCGGGACACCGACGACGACGACACGGCCAGGUCGUCCGCCGAGCCCAAGGACCACCAGGACGCCGACGACGGCUCCAUCGGCGUCGUCACGCAGGACGGCCCCGCCAAGUCGGCCGACGAGGAGCUCGCGCAGGAGACGAACCGCCUCCUGGAGGAGCUCAAGGAGAGCAAGGCCGUGAGGAAGCGGCUGCGCAAGCGGCCGCGCAUCAUGACGGAGACCGGCCACGUCCUCCGCGGCGUGCAGGUCAAGGAGACCCUAAAGGCGGACAAGUGGCGGUCUUUGUGGAAGACGGCGGCCUACAGCAAGGCCUACAGCAAGGCCUACAGCAAGGCCUACAGCAAGGCCUACAGCAAGGCCUACAGCAAGGCCUACAGCAAGGCCUACAGCAAGGCCUACAGCAAGGCCUACAGCAAGGCCUACAGCAAGGCCUACAGCAAGGCCUACAGCAAGGCCUACAGCAAGAAGGUCAAGCACAUCCACCACCACCACGUCAAGAAGGUGUACGUCAAGCACAAGCCCGUCGAGUACCUGGAGGAGCUCGACGACGACCUGCACCGCGCCGGCGAGGGCGGCGAGGAGGACGCCCACUACCAGAACUACCAGGACGGCGACGACAAGGUGCUGGCCGCCGGGUCCGAGGCCAAGCCCAACGUGAUCGUGGUCCCGGACUUCACGGAGCACUCGUGGGGCACCAAGGCCACGCCAGGGUCGCGGUCCUUCCACACGCACGUCGGCCGCAGCGGCGAGCUGGCGGAGCAGGGCGCCGACCCCGGCGUCGUGUCGGACAGCGGGUGGACGGCGCUGGCCUCGGGCCCCGCGGAGCCGACGCCGAGGCCUGCAGGCCACCACCACAAGAAGCACCACUCCCGGCCCCACAAGGAGGGGCAGACGCACGACCAGCGGCCGGCGGAGGACUCGCACCACGGCAGCCAUCACCACCACCAUCACCACCACCAUCACCACCACAAGCAGCAGAAGCACCACGCAUCCGAGCACCGCGAGGACAACAUCCGCGACUGGGUCCACAGCGGCUUCGAGAAGUACCGCGCGGCGCACGCCAACGACGUCAAGCCUGCCGUCACGCAGACGUUCGUCAAGCAGGACGACGACGACGACGUGCUGGACGACAUUCGGGUGCAGGUGUUCGAGGACGGCAAGGAGGUGCCGACGACGGUGCGGGAGAGGGAGCGGGAGGCGCCAGAGGCCAAGACGACCGCGGCGAGCCACGCCGCCGGCAAGGGCGAGCACAAGCACGGCGACCACCACUACCGCCACCGGCACCGGCACGCCGACGACGAGGAGCGCGCCGACGACCGCCACCAGGAGGAUUUACGUGAAUUCAUCAUGUCAAAUGUGGCCUUUCGAGGCCUGCAGGAGGUGGCCUAG